UGCAAGCUGUUCGACGCCUGAGGGCCUUCCCCUUCCAUGAUUAGCCAGGAUGACGGCGCACUAUUCGCGCAGUGCUACCACGAGGAGAUCAGCGACGCGCAACUGAACCUGUCGGUCCGGUCUAUUCCGGAGCUGAAACGUGCUGAGUCACGUGAAGAACUGGCAUCUGUUGGUCUUCUAAGCACUCUCGAGGACGACACCCGGCCAUCAUUUGUUGUCAGCAUAUCUUCCGGAAUUCCUCAAGAUGGCAUUCUGGAACUUGCGUACUUCAACUCUGCACUUGCAGUUGCACCGGCGUUGCUCGCAAAACUCAAGGGAGAUGAUGUCUCCAAGGCCAAAUUCGUGGACGAUCUCCAACCACGUGCGGCCUUUGCCCAGUGGAUCUGGGAUCAGGUGAAUGAUAUGGAUUCAGCUGUCAUAGGGGAUGCAUAUCUGUUCGCGGACCAUCUCUGGUGGGCAACGACCAUAGCAGGUGGGCGACAUCGCGUGGUCAGCGGCGUGUCAGCUGCUUUUCUGCGACAGGACGACGCCGGACACAAGAGCCCUCACAGCGAUGAUCGCAUCGACAUGGGAGAGCACAACAAACCCAAAGACAUGCCGCAAUACCUACCGGGCCGGCUGCCAGCUGCGCACGGUCGCAUUGACAUCCCUCAGGAGAUGGCUCCGGCAUCUAGCUUCGGUCCUUUCGACUAUACUCAAGACGCGCCAUGCCAAAACAUGCCCGACCAUGUCUUAUACUUUCGCAGUGUCGACUGGUCAUCCACCCCACUUGGUCCUAUGGCCUCGUGGUCACCUCAGUUACGAUGUGUUGUCAACAUGAUUUUGAACGACCAUCAUCACGCCGUGCUAUUUUGGGGAGAGGAGGCGACGAUGAUUUACAAUGAGGCGUAUAUCGAACUCAUCGGUGGAAUGCAUCCCUGCAUGGGCCAGAGCGCACCCGUCAUUGCCAAAGAAUACUGGCCACAUCUUGAGCCUCUAAUCCAGCUUAUCAAGUCUACCGGGAAGACGUUUUCAAAUGCCGACAUGCCGUUGUUCUUUGAUAGACACGGUUUCCUAGAAGAGGCUUUUUUCUCGUUCCAAUUUAUCCCCGUACUCGACGCUAGCGGGUGUGUGGCUGGCUACUACCAGCCUCUCGUUGAGACAACACGGAAUCAGAUGCUGGAGCGCAGGAUCACAAGUUUAGUGGAAAUAGGAAGCAGAACAGCAAAAGCUCGUAACCUCAAUACCUAUUGGGACUUGGUCAUUGACACUCUCGCAAUCAACGAUCGGGAUGCCCCGUUCGCUCUGUUGUACGCCGCUGAAGACUUUUCCGUUCAAACUAGGCCCUCCGUCUCAACGCCCGGGAUAUCAUCUGAGAUCGACAAAUUCGUACUCAAAGGCUCCAUUGGAGUGGAUGCCGGUCAUCCCAUAGCUCCACCUACGAUCGAUUUGCAGAACGACAGUUGUGUUUUCAAAUCACAUUUGAAGCGAUCUGUAAGAACUAUGACAACAGUCGUUGUGCAUUUCUCUGACAUGGAUCUACCGGAAGGACUACGAGACGGCAUCGAUUGGAAAGGAUUUGGCGACCCUUGUCGCUCUUUGCUCCUGUGUCCAAUCCAGCCUACCAACAGCGAGCAGGUCCAGGGCUUUUUGAUCCUUGGUGUGAACCCGCGCCGGCCUUUUGACGAGGACUACAAGCAGUUCAUUCAUGUCAUGCUUCGACUGUUGGCUACCUCGCUCGCUUCGGUUGUACUAUUUGACGAAGAGAUGCGCCAGAAAGAGAACGCUAUCGGUCAAGCAGCACACAUUCAGGAGCAACUAGCAGCAGAACUGCAUCUGAAAGAAAAGAAGUUCCAGCGGUACGCUGAUCAAUCCGACGUCGCCAUCUUUGUCAUAGAUUCGGUCGGAGCAUAUACCUAUCGUAACCAAAGCUGGUAUGACCUGUUUGAUGGCGCUACGGACGCCAAAGACGUGGCGGAUACAUGGGCUCGGAUAGUGUGGCCGGAAGAUAUCGCAUUCUGUGAAGAUUUGCUAUCUAAACUCGGCGUACAAAAAUCGCCUAUUUGUUUUGAGCUCAAGACAAGGAUGAGGUGGCAACCGCCAAAUGAUUCAGCAUCAGAGUCUGAUCCCCAAGUGCACUGGAAAUGGGUUCUCUGUUCCGCAUACCCAGAAUUGGAUGCGAAUUACGAGGUCAUCGAGAUGGUCGGGAACGUAACAGACAUAUCGAAACAGAAGUGGGCCGAAGACGUGCAGAGACGGAGGACUGAUAGUGCGCUUGAAUCUAAGAAGCAUCUGGAGCAUUUCAUAGACACUACCUCGCAUGAAAUGAGGAACCCGCUGUCGGCUAUCAUGCAGUGCGCAGACGGAAUCCUGACGUCGUACUCUGGAACCGAUGGCGACUUCGCGAUUCCGUCUCCUGUGACCUACGGAGCCCUGCUGGAACAGACGGUGGACGCCGCCCAGACUAUCGCGCAGUGUGCCCAGCACAUGAAACGUAUUGUAGACGACAUUCUUACCAUUUCCAAGCUCGAUUCUGGGCUUCUUAUCAUCACACCAAUUGACGCGCAGCCAGAGACAGUGGCGCAGCAUGCGGUCAAGAUGUUUGAGAGCGAAGCAAAGGUCGCUGAUGUGGAUCUGUCAUUCGAGGUCGAUGAUUCCUGCAGAACUCUAGGUAUCAAUUGGGUGAGCCUGGAUCCAACAAGGCUUCUACAAAUUCUUAUUAACCUCAUUACCAACGCACUCAAGUUCAGCCGUUUCGAACCAGAACCUCGCCGGAUCAAGGUCACAAUAUCGGCGUACGAACGAGAGCCCACGAAUGGCACAAAUGGUAUUCACUUUGAGCCAAAACUGGUCGAAGAUGACGCCCAUCUUGUAGAAGACUGGAGACAAGGGUCGCUGGUGUAUCUACAUUUCUCGGUGUCAGACACAGGUCGAGGCCUAACCGAAGACGAACGGAGCAACCUUUUCGCGCGCUUCUCACAAGCAUCACCACGCACGCACAUCCACUAUGGAGGCUCCGGCCUCGGCCUUUUCAUAAGCCGACGACUGACUGAAAUGCAAGGCGGUGCCAUUGGUCUAGCGAGCGAAUUCAACAAGGGCAGCACAUUUUCCUUCUACAUCAAAGCGCGAAGAGUAGCGUCAACCAAACUGAGGAGGUCCAGCAUCCCAACCAUGUUUCCCGAAGACAUGCGGCAUCGCGCCAGUACGCGCCGCGAAAUCUCAAAAAUGAACAGUCGCCCCGAGUCCCCCAUUAGCGAGAAGUCCCCAACACAUUCGAGGUGGCCUUCACGGGGUAGCAAGUUCCAGUCUCUGAAUGACGAGAAAUCGACAAAUUGGGGAACUCAGCAAAGGCCGCCUGCGGUGCAACGCCGGCAGUCCAUGAACCCUGAUAUACCCAACGAUGCCAUCGGCUUACCACCAGAGCCCGACCUCGCUGAGCUAAAGUGCAAACGAAGCGUACCCGAAGACCUGCACGUCCUCGUCGUAGAAGAUAACCUCGUCAACCAGAAAGUCCUCGCAAACCAGCUCCGAAAGUUAGGCUGCGUCGUCAGCGUCGCCAACCACGGCGGCGAAGCGCUCGACUUCCUCAAAACGACGAGUCUCUGGCGGGGCCUAAUUGUGCAAACAGGCGAUUCGCCUCUCGAGGAGCGCGACCCACCGCUCGAUCUCCAUCUCAUACUCAUGGACUGGGAGAUGCCUGUCAUGAAUGGACUGACUGCCGUGACGAAGAUACGGCAGUUCGAGCGCGGUGGGCAGUUGAGCGGACACAUACCCAUUAUAGGCGUUACGGCGAACGUGAGAGAGCAGCAGAUACAGGCGGCCAUGGAUGUUGGCAUGGACGAUUUUGUUAGCAAGCCUUUCAGGGUGUCGGAGCUUAUGGGGAGGAUGAGAGGGUUGGUGGAGGGUGUGGGGAGUGGGGAUGUGAGGUGGAAGGGAACUAUACCCGAGAAGGAUGAGGGCGAGGCGUAG